AUGCCUUCGUCAAGCGAGAAGAAAGAGGACAUUCGCUUCCUCGACGACACCCAAACCAUCCCCUCCGACACCACCAGCUGCGGCCUCCAAGUCAUCGCAGCAGGCCAAUGGCGCUGCGCAACCUCCUCGCUCCAACUCGCCUUCGAACAGAUCCUCGACCCGCCGCUCGCGCCGAGCAUGCACGGCGCGUACCUCAUGCCGCACCCCGAGAAAAUCCAUAAACUGAAUCGCGCAACACGCGAGAAAGACAAGAAGAAAAGACAGGCGAUUCUGCGCGAGAUCUACACGGGCUACAACGCCAGCAGCGACUGGCCCGGUUUUGUGUUCUUGAACGAUCUACUGGAUAUGUACCCGGACUGCAAAGUCAUCCUAAACAAACGGAAAACACCCGAAUCCUGGGCCACCUCCACACAAACCUCCCUAGCCUUCUUCUCCACCCCCCUCUACGCCCUCACAACCCUCCUCCUCCCGCUCCCGAGAGCUCACCACGCCCUCUACACGCACUUCAAAUGCCUCGCCGCCAAACGCUACGGCGUCCCCGCCACGACCGCCGGCAUCUUCAGCAAGGAAUGCUACAACAGACACAACCAAUGGGUGCACGUCACCUGCGCGGCGAGGGGAAAGCAGGUGUUGGAGUGGGAGCCGGAGGAUGGGUGGGAGCCGCUUUGUGAGUUCUUAGGCAGGGAGGUGCCGAAGGGGAGGGAGUUUCCGAGGAUGAAUGAGGGGGAGGAGAUUCGGAAGUUGAAAGGGGUUUUGGUGUGGCAGGGGUUGGUUGCUUGGGGGAGGUUGUUGGGUGGGAUUGUGUUGUUCGUUGGGUUGUUGUGGGUUCUCUUGUUGCGAUUGGGGUGGGCAUGA